UUCCUCCUCCCACCUUCCAUUCUCACUCCCUUUCCUCUCCUCUCUACCUCGCUCACUCUCUCUCUUUCUCUCUUCUCCCAAACCAGAAGAAAUUCUAGACCUCUUAGAGCAAAAACCAUAAGCAUGUUGUUAGGGAAGCGUCCUCGCCCACCGAUUAGGAGAACGACAAGCAUGACCGGGAUCACCGUCGAUCUGAACAACGUGGAAGACCAGGAGCCGACUGAAAACCCUAGCAUGAUGGAUGUGCAUGCAUCAUCGACGGAGGUGGGCCCUGAUGGGCCUGUUAAUUAUAAUCAGAGCCCUAACAGCUUGGGGUAUCAUGAACAGCACCGUUUCUUGGCCAUGUUGUCACCCAGAACCAACAGCAGCAACCACAGAAGAAACUCGGCCUCCGACCUAGUCGAAACCGCUCACUUCCUCCGCACGUGCGGCCUCUGCAAACGGAGCUUGGCUUCCGGCCGCGACCUCUACAUGUAUAGGGGAGAUACAGCUUUUUGCAGCCUGGAAUGCAGAGAGCAGCAGAUGAAGCAAGACGAGAGAGUAGAGAAGUGUAAGGGGGUGGCCUCGAAGAAAGAGGACCGCCAUGCAACUCGACCGAGUUCCAAGGCCUCUGGUAAAACCCAGACUGUGGCCGCUGCUUAAUUAAUCAUACCCAAAAGGACUGGAGAUCAAAAUAGUCGAUCAUAUUAUGUAUUAUAGUUAUUGCACUACUGGUGCAAACCUCCCAUUUUCUCCAAGAUUAAUGAAUUGCCCGGCCGGCCCCCAUUGACGUUAUUUACAUAAUAGUACUAUAUAUGUUCUUACUGCCCUGCACAGGUCCAUACCUGUUGCAGCUCUAGCUAGCACAUAUGUAUGUAUGCAAGAUGGUUAUGUAAACUUAAAUGUAAAAAGGUCCGUGGGUGCAUUUGUUUUGUUAAUGCAAAUGGGACAGGCCAAAUCGAGCUAGUUGCAAUU